GAGCUGCUCGCCACGCAAGUUUGGGUCCUUCUGCGAUCCACCGGGGUCCUAGCUGCCUGGAAGCCCCUCCUGAGCUGCCUGUUCGCGCGAGAGUUUGGAGGGGCGGGUUUGGGGUCGGUCACCGGUGUGGGGCUCGCACUGCCGCGCAUCGGAGCCCCGCUUAGGCGCCCGCGUAGAGUGCGGGGAGCUGGGUCAGGCAGUCGCUGGGGCACCCUGCCUGGAAAGUGCUGGAGCGCUCUGGAGAAGCCUGGACAGCCCCGCUCCCCAGCAGCCAGGUGCUAGGGUCCGGAGCUACAGUGAGAGUCCGGCCGUAUUCGAGCGCCUGGGCCACGGCGGCGGCCCUGGGAGCAGAGGUGGAGCAACCCCGUUACGCUAAAGAUGAAAGGCUGGGGUUGUCUGGCCCUGCUUCUGGGGGCCCUGCUGGGAACUGCCUGGGCUCGAAGAAGCCAGGAUCUACACUGUGGAGCUUGCAGGGCUCUGGUGGAUGAACUAGAGUGGGAAAUUGCCCAGGUGGAUCCCAAGAAGACCAUUCAGAUGGGCUCUUUCCGAAUUAAUCCAGAUGGCAGCCAGUCAGUGGUGGAGGUGCCUUAUGCUCGCUCAGAGGCCCACCUCACAGAGCUGCUAGAGGAGGUAUGUGACCGGAUGAAGGAGUAUGGGGAGCAGAUUGACCCUUCCACCCACCGCAAGAACUAUGUACGUGUAGUGGGCCGGAAUGGAGAAUCCAAUGAACUGGACCUACAGGGCAUCCGAAUUGAUUCAGACAUCAGUGGCACUCUCAAGUUUGCGUGUGAGAGCAUUGUGGAGGAAUAUGAGGAUGAACUCAUUGAAUUCUUUUCCCGAGAGGCUGACAAUGUUAAAGACAAACUUUGUAGUAAGCGAACAGAUCUUUGUGACCAUGCCCUGCACAUAUCGCAUGAUGAGCUUUGAACUACUGGAGCGGCCCAGACUGACAGGCUUGAUGGAUCACCCCCAGGAGGGGAAGAGGGUGGCAAUGCCUUUUAUAUUAUGUUUUUACUGAAAUGAACUGAAAAAUUGUGAAACCAAAA